AUGGCGCACCAAGCCCACAACAUCGCGUGGCAAGUGCUGGCAGCCAAUCUACGCUACCAAACGAGCAACGCGCACAAGCAACGGCCCUCGGAUCUUGUCUGGCGCUAUACACAAACACACGCAAACGACAUUGAAUACUUCGUCGAGUCGUUCGUCCGCAAUCUGCACGAUCACACUGUGACAGAGCGGGCAAAAUACCCGGCCACAUAUGCUCCCCCCAGUCCAGACGAGAUCCUGCUUGACGACGCCACCGCCAGAAAGAUCAACCGCACCGUCUACAGAUGGCGCAAAGCGAUGUCAAGAAACUGGACAGUACGCGACGACCCUCCUGUAAAGUGGAAUGGGAGCAGAGCGCUGUGCCCGCACGACAACAAAGCCAACUCCAACUCCGACUCAAACCCAACCUGCUCCUGCCCCCUCCCCCUCAGCGAACGAAAAACCCCGGCCUUCCUGCGCCGGUACACGCGCAACGACUGCUACCGCUUCUACAAGGAGAACCAAGACGCCUUCACCAACAUCGAGCUCGCCAAGACACUCAUCCUGCACGGGCAGAUGGACCCCCUCCUACGCAUCGCCGCGCAUCCAGAAACCGACUAUGCAACCUGGACCGGCGUGACCGCGUGCCCAUGCACCUCUGAGCAGCUGGGCUGGGAAUCACUGUACAGACGCGCGCUGGACGCCUACAUAACCCUCAACAUCAUCGCCUGCUUCCCUGAGCUCUGGGACGCCGAGUGCCGGACGCAAAACGGGCUGUUGGGCGCGAGCUGGGGCAGUCUCAUGGAAGACGAGUACCGCAAUACUGCGCUCUACCAGCGCAUGCUGCAGAAUUGCACGGCGACCGCCGAGUCCGCCGUCUCUACGUACCCGCAUCUGCAGUUCUUUGGGAUUCCCGAGCGCCAUGUGCGGCAUAUGUUUGAGUUUGAUAUAGGAGUUGCGAUGCAGUGGCCUGCGCUCGUGCAGUUCGUCAACAAGGAGCAGGAGAAGAAGAAGAAGAAGAAGAAGAAGAAGAAGAAGAAGAAAGAAAAGCGCGUGCUCGUGGAGAAGAGAAAGUUCCCCUUCGGCCAGGUCCCCUUCGACGUCUUCCUGAACAGCACCGCGCCCCCGCCCCAUCUCCCCUCAGACCACGACAUCCAGCGCGUGUUUGAAAUCCUCCACUCAAAGCGCCUACCCCCCGAGCUCGUGCAGCCGAUACUGGAAAUGGCCGAGUACGAUACACCGCAGCGUCGACUCCCCGAGCCGCACGACCCCUUCCACCGCGCGAAUCGCGACGAACUUACGCGGUAUCUGACGUUCUGCUGGGUCACGCUCGUGCGGUGUACCAUGCUCGCGCAGGAGCUCGGGCUGAGAAUUAACUGGAAGCUUGAGGUCCUGGACUGUCUCGAGCGCGUGGUUAAUGUGAGGCAGGGGAAGGGGCUGUAUGGAUACGAGUGGGUGGAUAGGGGCACGAGGCGCGUGUUCUAUUUUGUGGAUGCGGGGGGGAACAUGCUUCGUGAGUUUACGGUGCUGGAGGGGGAUGUCCCGGGGUUCAUGUAG